AUGUCUACUGCCGAGCUGGAUGCAUCCAAGUUGAAGGUUAUCCGCAAGGAAGAGCCUACCGUGUUUGAGCAAAAUGCGGACUUCACAUUCGGUCGCCUGUUCAUCGACCACAUGUUGGUGGUCGAGUGGAAGCGCGAGAGCGGGUGGCAGGCGCCGGAGAUCCGUCCUUAUGGGAACCUGUCGCUGGACCCUUCUGCGUGCGUGUUCCACUAUGGCUUCGAGCUGUUUGAGGGGAUGAAGGCCUAUAGGACGGAGGACGGGCGCGUGACGCUGUUCAGGCCAGAGAUGAACGCGGCGCGCAUGAACCGGUCCGCAGCGCGCAUCGGGCUGCCCCAGUUCGACGCCGAACAGCUGGUGGAACUGAUUGGCAAGCUGGUGGAGCUGGACCGGCAGUUUGUUCCGCAGCGCCCAGGCUACUCGCUGUACAUCCGUCCCGUGAUGAUCGGGACGUCCGCCAGUCUUGGCGUGACUGCCCCGGACUCCGCCCUUCUUUACGUGAUUGCAUGUCCUGUGGGACCAUACUACAAGAGCGGUUUCUCCGCUGUACGCCUGUUGGCGACCGACAACGUCACGCGCGCCUGGCCAGGAGGAUUUGGCGACAAGAAGCUCGGCGGCAACUACGCGCCUUGUAUUCCGUCACAGGAAGAGGCUGCGCGGCUCGGAUAUCACCAGAACCUCUGGCUGUUUGGGCCGGAGAAGUAUAUCACCGAGGUGGGCACCAUGAAUGCGUUCUUUGUGUUCAAGGACUCUACUACUGGAAAGAAGGAGCUCGUCACCGCGCCACUGGAUGGCACAAUCCUUGAGGGUGUGACGCGGGACAGUGUAUUGACGCUUGCACGCGAGAGACUAAGCCCGGAAGAAUGGGAUGUAUCGGAAAGGUACUAUACAAUCUCAGAGGUCGCAGAGCGCGCAGCCAAAGGUGAAGUGGUCGAGGCGUUCGGCUGUGGAACUGCCGUUGUCGUAUCGCCAAUAAAGGAAAUAGGCUGGAACGACCAAGCUAUCAAAAUCCCGCUUUUGCCAGGGGAGGAGACUGGUGAGUUUACAAAACAGGUAGCGCAUUGGAUAUCCGAGAUCCAGUACGGUAAGGUUGAGUACAACAACUGGUCGCGGACAAUUGCAGACCUAAAAUAA